AUUCAACGAGGAACAUAUAUUGAUUGGGGCAUAUUCAAUUUUUAAUCCUACAAUUUUUUGGGAGCAAAAGUUGAAAGAAUGAUUAAAUUGUUAUAACUUAUAACCAACUUCAGUUCUUCCCAGCUAACUUCCAUGCAUCUAAUAGUUUCGACGAUGCUGCACUCAGCAGAUGUUCGUUUCAUAUGUCGACAGAAGCCCAUCGAACUAGUCCAUGGAAAAUAAAGAAGACACAUCGAUUUGUGGGUUUUCCCAAAGCUCGGGACUAGUUCACAGAGAGCAUAGUUCUCAAGAUUGUUUUCACUACGGUUUGAGUUUCAGUACAAAAUCGGUUCUCUCUUGGCCCUAGGGUUCGGCUAGCUCACUAUUUAUAAUACUCUUCUACACUAAUCAUGAGUAUAAGUCCAUGGUAUACGUAACUACUCCCUUACAUGACCCUUUAAACGAAAGCCGACUCAUGGAUUUAAAGUUUGCACAUACCCUACAUAUACCAAGUGCUUUUAAAGACAACGGUUAGUAUUGGAGAUUGCGAGGACUUGAACAGGUAACCUCAAUGGCAAACCAGCUCCGACACUAUUUUAUAGAUCAACUAAUCUUAAUAACUCAAGUUAUUGGAAGAGACCCGUAUAUGUGUAUCCACAACUUCUUGUACCAAUUUCUCAUGACUCAUUACUAAUUCCCCUGGCGUCAGUGGCGUGGAUCUACUUGUUGUUAAUAGAUCAGUAAGAAUAUUCUUCCGACGCUUAAUCACCAAAAAUGAUUCAAUUGGUGAGAACUUUCUAAAAUGGUUAAUAAGAAUAAUCUUGUGGUGUGCUGAUUUUGGGAACGGAUCAGGUCAGUAACCUUAUGGUGAGUAACCAUGAGUAACCCGUACACAUCAACAUGACAUCAACACCAUUUCUCUCCUGGAAAGUCUUUAAUUUUCCCUUCCUUAAUCUUUGACGGACGAUUUCUCACUCGUUUUAAAUCGAUUUUUUUUUCACAGUUAGAUCAGAUUAAUUAUGCGCUUCAAAAUGCUAUCCACUUCGAUAUAUUUUUCGAACAAAAAAAUUGAGCCAUUUUUUACCAGUCUAUACCAUAUGGUAUUGACUAGUAUUGAAAUAAGAGCAUACCUAUGGUUUGAAAAGCGUACCAUGGUGGUAUGAACAAACCAAGACUGCAAGAUGGUUGAAUACAUGAUAGUAGAAGUAUAUUAACUGUCAUUUACGACUUUUAACAUUGUAUAUCAUAAGAUACCAUCUCGUACCAGGGUGGUAUUAUGUGGUAUUGUGUGGUAUUUUUUGGUCCUGUAAUUUGUCACCCAGAAAUUUGUAGAUCCAAUAGAUCAUGAUGAACUCGUCCUUUCUGUGCAAACGUUUUCAAAAACGAAUUAAAAACGAAGAAAAUACCAUAUGGUAUAUAGUUGGUACGGAGAGGCAAGAUUUUUUUUCUCAAAAAAUAUUGAAAAUAGAUCUCAUUUUGUAGAGCACGAUAAACUCGUUCCAUCUGUGCAAAAAAAAAUUAAAAUCCGAAUUAAAACGAAGAAGAUAUGAGCCGAUUAAGAAAGUUAGGAAACAUAAAAAUGGUCUUUAAUUGUCCAUCUUUAAAUCUGGAUUUUGUAAAUGAAGAGUCCAGAUUUAAUUAUUGAUGGGUGCAUAACCCAUGAUUAUGCACCCUAUCUUGACCCGCUGAUUUUGUGCGUGUAGAAUUUAACUUGAUAUAUAACUGGAAACAAUUUAAUCAAUGGAUUAUUCUGAUUGGCAUGCAAUGCAUGAGUGGAGUGGAUGGAGAUGAGUUAACAACUAUCUGUCAAUUCAGUUUUCCCAUCCAGUGGAUGAGAAUGACAAUUGGGAAGCAGGGAGUCAAUUAUCAUCAUUCAUUCAUUUCUGUCCAUCAAAUUUAAGCACGCGUGUGGGUAUCUAUGGCUGCACUGAUUGCAUCCUAAUUUGGAAGCAGACUUUUGACACCUCAAUUAAUAUGGCUUUCAUACGUGUCUAUAGUUUGCACCAACCGUAGUGGGAGUUAUACGACAAAUUCAGUGAUAGGGUAUUUUGUAUUAAAAUUCGUAGUUGAAUUAUGGUUCAACUGUUUCGUAUUGCUAAAACCGACCACCAUAGGCGGAGGCAGGGGUGUUUGCCCCUAUCCCAGAACAGGGGUAACUUUUGAGGAGGGAAAAAACUAACCUCACAUAUAUUUGUACAGAUCGAAUUAAUACUUACAGUUACAAGUACCAUAACGAUAUUUUAACAUUACAACAUAACUCAUUAUUUGUUCAUUAAUUCACAAAAAAUAAUUAAAUUACAUGACACUAUCAUUUUACAACAGCUCGUUAGGUAUUAUCACGAUAUUAUGGUGUAAACAAUGAAUGUAUUUUACAUUUUUUCAUAAUAUGAAAACUCGUCCUGGUUAUUUAUGAAACACUAAUUGUAUUAGUCAGUUUUUUUUUCUCUGUGAAUGAAUUAUUAAGAUAAUAUUAAUUUUAAUUAUAUUUAUAAAAUAUUUUAUAUAUUCUGAAUAAAUGACAUGGGUAGUUUGAAAUCCUGACUCCGCCACUGCCGACCACAAUCAAAGAGUUGAUGGCUGUGUAACAUUUAUUUAUCACUAAACCACCUUACUUCAUGCUAUAUUUGUCAUUUCGAAAAUCAUAUAAGAGAUAGUUGUCAAUAAAUUGAAAUGGUUGUGUCUGUAUUUUGAUAUUACAGCUAAUCCUGUAACUUAAAGUGUGGUUACUGUUUUCCCAAAAGUGAGAUUUUUCUUAACUAUAUGAAUCAAUAAAAGCAAGAAGACGUGUGUACUUCUUUUGACUAAACUGGUAUGGGAAAUGAGAAAAGGGCAUGGAACUCUAUCUUAGCUUCUAAUUAAGAGCGGGGGAACAGAAGAAGAAGCAAAAGUACUAUCAAAGUUUAGCAUCAAUUUACAUUGACCACAACAAGAAUACACUAAAAGAAAAAGUGAUAAUACGUGUGGACAAUUUUCACCAAAUUUCCAAUAAAUCACCCAUUUGUCAAUUUAAGGAAAACAAAAGGUACAAAGAACAGUUGCCACCAGCUACGAAAUUCAGAGUUAAAUAAGCGAGAGUGGUUAGCACAAAUCUAUCAACGCGUACGCCAAACCUAAAACAAAAAGACACCCCCGCUAAUUAAACAAAUAGGUGGAUUUGUUUAAGGUAUGUUUUUAGUACACCAUAAUCAUAAUGUUUGAGGUAUAAUCAGUUUAUAUGAUAAAGAAAUUCUUACGAAAAUAUAUAGGUAUAAAUCACAAUGUUAAAUGUAUAAAUUCAAUUUUUAUUAUAAAAAACUUGCUCAAAGAGGUAUAUGUCCAAGUUGAUUAGUACUACAACGUUAAAGAUACAAAUCCAUUUUGUAGCAUAAUCUUUUUUUUAACACAUCAAAGCACCGAUGCUUAUGAACAUAGUAACUGUGACAUUCCAAACCUUUUCCCGACUAAAUAUUGUCCGCUUUAGUUAUAAACCUGCAUGAAUUUUGCAUUGGGGUGCAUAUCAGGUGGUUUUCCUUAAGGUCACCCACCCUUGCAGUGUUUCACAAUCAACACGUUUAACAGAGUUCUCACAAGGACUUAUCCAUUUCACACUAAAACACGUCUUGUCCGUUAAGAUUAGUUUCGUAUUUAUGAACCAUGAAUCUCUCUCGUAUUUUAUCGAUGUGAAAUUCGACUAAAAUAUUAAGCUUUGGUUUAUAAUUAAAAAAAAGUGUUGGCUGUUGGUCCCCCUAAAGCGAUAAAGAAAGAAAAUUGGUACUUUGGUGGUAGAAACUCAAAGAAGAAGAAGAGGAUAGAGUUUGGCUGCUGCUAAUGCUACAAUGCAUAGCCGCAGACCAUAGUCUUCUCCUCCUACUACUCGAUAAUGAUUCUUUGGCAAUUGCCUGCCGAAAGGUUCAAACCAUUGUUUAUUGCUUUAAACAAACGUCCCAAUCACACCAAUUAGUUCAUUCAUAUUGCUCAUCAUUCAAUUCAUAUUCUUCAUCAAUAGCUUCAUUUCUUAAGAGAGAAUGAACUACUUUGCAUCUUUCAUUUUUAUUUCUAAUUUAUGUGAUUGAUAAUGAUUCUCCUUCUUAAAUAGUAUGUGAAUGUUCAUGAAUAUUUAUUGGCGUAUAUUUAAUAUUUCAUUCGCUCGAGCAAAUGGCUAUCAGUAAUGUCUCAGUGUUGAUUUAACCAGAUUAAAUCUGGCAAGACCCCAAAAUCAUACAUAUUUUAUACCUUCUUUUACUAACAAUUGUGAUGUAGGUGGUGCCGAAUUCAUCAAUCAUUAAUAUUAAGAGGAAGAGGUGUUUUCACUGGGUAUCCCUGCCUAGUACUCACACGUGCAAUUAGCUGCCAAUCUCGAUAGAUUUUCUUGUAUUGCGCAGCUAUCUCGUUGAGCUCUAUUUAAAUUUAAACUAUGAAUUCUCAUUAUAUUUACGUGCGAUUAGCAUUAGUUAUAGUAAUGUCAAACAGGUGGGACGGGACGGGCGGUACAUGCGGGACAGGUCGACCAACUCUUACAUGUUAUUCGGAAAAAAACACAUAAAUUUUUUAGUUUUUACGAUAAAAUUAAGGGAAAACACUUUAUGAAUGAAAAUGAGUGAUAAUAGGUAAUUGAAUCUAACUAGUUGAAAGAUCAAGUCUAAUUAGUUGAUGAAAGAUCAAAAUAUGAACAAAUAUUGAAAAUGCAGACUGUUUGCAUGCUGCUUGCGGUUGCGGCCAUGAAGGGUUAGGGUCUGACAUAGUUGGAUGUUAAAAAUGCAUUCUUGCAUGGAGACUUGAAGGAGACAAUUUAUAUGGAAUGUCCUCCCGGCUAUUCCAACGACAAGUCAAAAGUUUGCUUACUUCGCCGCUCUCUGUAUGGAUUGGAACAGGCGCCCCAGGCCUGGUUUGAAAAAUUCCGGAGUACUAUCCUGCAGGCUGGCUUUCAUCAAAGUGAUAAUGACCCUUCUUUGUUUCUACGACGUACGUCUCGUGGACUCACUAUGCUACUUAUCUAUGUUGAUGACAUGGUGAUAAGUGGUGAUGAUCAGGACGGGAUUCAGUUUCUUACUGGAGUUCUUAGGGAUGCUUUUAAUCUCAAGGAGCUUGGUGAUCUAUCAUAUUUUUUGGGGCUUGAGAUUCAUCGAUCUACGUUGGCUUGCUAGUAUGUCAACAGAAGUAUGUGGUGGAUCUAUUAGAACAGGCUAAUAUGGAGUCGUGUGUUCCGUGUGCUACGCCCAUGGAACAAAAUCUGAAGUUACGACGAGAUGACAGUGAUCUUCUACCUGACAGUUCUCAGUAUCGUAGCAUAGUGAGCAGCCUUAUCUAUUUGACUCAUACUCGUCCAGACAUCUCCUAUGUAGUCCAGGUGGUCAGUCAAUUCAUGUCGGCUCCCCAGUCGUCUCAUCUUCUUGCCAUCAUGCGCAUUUUGCGCUAUCUUAGUGAUACUCAGGAUGUUGGCCUCUUCUUUCCUGCGACUGGUACACCUGAUAUAGAAGCAUAUGCAUAUGCUGACUAUGCUAGUUGCAUGGAUACUCGACGCUCGACGUCUGGCUGGUGUGUGAAAGAGGGUUCAUCGUUCAUUUCUUGGCGUUGUAAGAAGCAAGACCGGGUGUCUAAGUCCUCCACUGAGGCCGAAUAUCGUUCGAUGUCCGAGGUGACUUCGGAGUUGGUCUGGUUGCGUCAGUUACUAGAGGAACUUGGUGUGGUUAGUAUCUAUCCUAUGCGUUUAUAUGUCGAUAAUACCAGUGCGAUUAAGAUUGCUACUAAUCUUGUGCUCCAUGAUCAUACGAAGCACAUUGAAGUUCAUGUUCACUAUAUCCGCCAGUUGGUUGCUGAAGGACAUAUUUUGCUAUCCUACAUCACUUCAGAGGACCAGACCGCAGACCUGCUUACUAAAGCGGUGGCUACCUCUCGUCACUGGUUUCUAGCACACAAAUUGAUGUUACGCAAGUACCAUCAAUUUGAGGGAGGGUGUUAAAAGUAUAGGUAGCAAAAUAUAAUUAACUUGUAUUU